AUGCAGCACGAUGCUCAAAUGUUACCCCCAGAAUUGGUCGACUUCGUUUUGGAUCAGCUUCGGGAUGACCCCGCCGCGCUCAUUGCCUGCGGUCUCGUGUGCCGCAGCUGGUUGCCCCGGACGCGCCUUCACCUUUUCCGCUCAAUUAUCCUUAAAGAUGCCGUCGGUUAUGCCGCGUUUGAAAAGCUCCUCAGAAGAUUCCCAUAUCUUACCAAUCACGUCAGGCGCGUCGUGGUUGUGAAGACGCAUUCCCGGCCAAGUUGGGUCGACGGCGAGAUGCCUCGUGCGUUGGUUAAGCUUCCUCGUGUUGAGCAUCUCGAGGUGGCCCAGUCGAUGGGCAAAAUAUUGGAUGACACGCAGUCGAAGUUCGGCUUAAUCUGUGCAGCCUAA